UUUACUGCCUUUUUUUUUUGCUGCUUGGACUACAAAGGGUUAAAUGCACCGAUGCUUGGAGGCAGCUUCCUAGAUAGGAAGGAAGUUGGCGGGUGGAGGCUCUUGGUCCUCCGAAAGCGGAGGCCCCGCCCCCUCCCGCCUGGCUGAUCGCUCCUUGGAGGCUGGUGCGCAGGGAAGAAGCAAAGGAGUUGUUGCUGGUUCUUGCUUCGAACUGGGAUAAAGUUUUCCCAGCGUUGUGGAAAGAGUUUCCCUUGAGGUUUCCAGCUUCAAGGGGUCUGGUGAGCCCCCUCCCCAUUUUCCUGGGUGGAAGGGAAGACCUGCAGAGGUGCAGUGGAGGCUAGGAGAAAAGGCUUAAAAACUGUCUUGCACUGAGUCAGACCAAUGGGGCCACCUAAUAUUGCCGACACUGGCUGGCAGCAGCUCUCCAGGGUUUCAGGUGGUGGGAUAGGUGGCAUAGAAUCAUAGAAUUGCAGAGUUGGGAGGGAGGAAAUGCGUUCUCCCCAUAUUUAGUUCCCCGCUUGAUUUUUUCCAGCUGCCCCAUUGCAGAAAUACUGUAGGAAGGCAGUGCGGUGUAGUGGUGAGAGCAGAGCUUUCCAAAUUGUGUUGCGACACAUCGUUUGCAGUGUGUAGGUGUGUCUUGCGAAUGUUUGUCACGUUCCUCCUGGAGCUGGAAAGGGUUUAGUUUAACCUCUGGUUUGCUUGCGAAACUGAAUCAACGUGUCGCGAAAUGAUACGUGUCUUUAAAAGUGUGUCUCCAACAUGAAAAGUUUGGAAUGCUCUGGUCCAUCAUGAAGCUCACUGGGUGGCCUUUGGCAGCCUCACAGGGUUGUUGUAGGGUUUAACUGGGGGGGGGAGGUUAAACCAUGUGCCCUUUGGAGAAAAAGUCAGGAUAUAAAUGCAGUAAAUGAGAUCUUCUGCUGACCUGCAUAAGAAAGCUGGAGGGGCCAGCCAGAUGGAGAUGUCAGUUGCCAACCUGGCAUCCAGAGAUCUCCGUAAGGCCGAAAUGUGCCCAGGGGAUUUCUAGCACUGAGGAGGGGGAGGAAGACAUCCCCAAGAAGGGAGCGAACGCAAUCUUGGCUCAGAGCACAGCCAGGGAUGUGGGGAAGAAAAGGCAGGGAAGCGCAUGUGAGGACUGGGCUGGGGAAAACAAACUAGAUCCAUCCAAUAAUAUUCAGUGAAAUAAGGCAGAAAGCAGGGCUGCCAGACACUAAGUGGAUCCACAACCAAUUACAGACACAGCCAAAUAAUUCUAGUUGCAUCCCCAUUUGAUACCAUUUUAAACAGCCACAGGAUUCUGGGAGCUGUUGUUUGUUAAGGGCUCUGAGAGCUGUUGGGAGAUUCCCUGUUUCCUCACAGAGCUGCAAUUACCAGAAUUCACUGGGAAGGGGGGUUGAUUCCUGUUUUUGCAGAGGGUUGGGCUAGAUGGCCCUCAGGGUCUCUCCCACCUCUACAGUUCUAUGAAUUCUAAGCCCCUCUGGGAACUGUAGCUUUGUAACUAGCAAGAGUUUUCCCCUCGCAGACCAUCUCGUUCACUUUGCAGGGCUUGGCUUCCUCCCCCCACACCCCGCCGCCACAUGCACAGCCAAUCUUUGCCGUAAGACAGAGACUAUUGCAGAAGCGACCCUUCAGCCAUGUUGGAGCAGGAAGCGAAGUUGUGGGAGCAGAACGCAGUGAGCCCUGAAGCAGGAAGGAGCACCGACGCCGUCGGAUGCGGGCACAGCGGGGAAUUAUGGGACAGAAAUGUGCGGAAGGUCAUAAUCAAGGAGGAGACCCUCAGCUCUGAUGUGCCGUGCCAGCACUUCAGGGGGUUCUGCUACCAGGAGGCCAAGGGGCCCCGGGAGGCGUGCAGCCGACUCCACCAUCUUUGCCGCGAGUGGCUGAAGCCAGAACGACACACCAAGGCUCAAAUGCUGGACCUGGUGGUCCUGGAGCAGUUCCUGGCUGUCCUCCCCCUGGAGAUAGAGAACUGGGUGAGGAGAUGCAGAGUGGAGAACAGUUCCCAGGCGGUGGCCCUGGCCGAAGGUUUCCUCCUUAGCCAGCAAGAGGAUGUGAAGCAGGAACGGCAGCAGGGCCUGUUUGCGGAAGAAGCCACUGACUUCUCCAAGGUACAGAACACGGCCCCAGUGGACUCUGAGCAGAGGCUUCUGUCCAGGUUGAUUAAGCAGGAGGAGGACGAAGACGCCACUUUGCGGAGAGAUGAGCCAAGUAUGCCAGCUAUAUGUUCUACUUCAUCUCUCCCUUCCGGUCCAAUGGAAAUGGUUUCUGGGCAACCGCAUCAGGUUUCCUUUGAGGCAGUGCCUGUACAUUUCACCGAAAAGGAGCGGGCCCUGCUACAUCCAGGCAAAAUCACCCUGCACCGCAAAGAAUCCAUGGCUGAGAAUUCUGGGGUUGUGGCCUCUCAGCAUAAGUGCCCCAAAAUCUCCAAUGGGAAAAGGACUUUAACCGACCACCACCAAGGAAAUCACGCGGGGAAGAAACCGUACACCUGCCUGGAGUGUGGGAAAAGCUUCACACGCAAGAGGAGCCUCACCAUCCACCAGAGAAAUCACACAGGGGAAAAGUUGUACAACUGCCUGGAGUGUGGAAAGGGCUUCACACAGAAGGGACACUUCAUUACGCACCAGAGAUCUCACACGGGAGAGAAGCCCUUCCAAUGCCUGGAGUGCGGGAAAAGCUUCGCGCAGAAGGGGCACUUCACGGCCCAUCGAAGAUCCCACACGGGGGAAAAGCCAUAUACCUGCCCGGAGUGCGGGAAGAGUUUCACGCAGACGACACACCUCUCCACACACCUGAGAUCUCACACGGGGGUGAAACCGUACACUUGCUUGGAGUGCGGGAAAAGCUUCAGCGUCAAGGCCACGCUUCGAUCCCACCAGAGAUCUCACACGGGGGAGAAGCCCUACAAAUGCCUGGCGUGUGGGAAGAGCUUCAGCAUGCUGGCGAACCUCAGGAGACACGAGAGAAUCCACGCCGGGGUGAAGCCCUACAAAUGCUUUGAGUGCGGGAGGAGCUUCUGUAAGAAGGCGACCCUAACUGACCACCAAGUAAGUCACACAAGGGAAGAACAAACGGUGUACAAAGAUGAAGUCAAACUGCAAGAUCGAGUCACGGCUGCCCGCCAGCGUUUCAGGCAAUUCCGCUACCAGGAGCCCAAGGGACCCCGAGAGGUUUGCAGCCGACUCCACCGCCUUUGUCGUCUGUGGCUGGAGCCGGAGAGACACACCAAGGCUCAGAUCCUGGAUUUGGUGAUCCUGGAGCAGCUCCUGGCUGUCCUCCCCGCGGAGAUGGAGAACUGGGUGAGGGAAUGCAUAGCGGAGACCAGUUCCCAGGUGGUGGCCCCGGCAGAAGGUUUCCCCUGGAGUCAGGCAGAGGAGAAGCAAGGAGAGCAGCAGGGGAAGGACUCAGUCAUGAUCUGGAAUCUGAUCGCAAAAUACCGCCUGGCCUCGAGACAGAAUUUCGUGGAACUGUCCGGGAAUCCUUUGGCCAUCUUAAGAGCUGCCUCAGAUCCCAAGUCAAAGAUGUCUGAGCGAGACUCGGUUGGCUCUCAAGCAGGAGAAUCUCAUGCAACCCAGGCUGGGAGCAGUGGCGGAUCCUGGGAAAGAACCACGAAGGAGAUCCUGGAUGAGGAAGGUGCCCUCAGUGUCGAUGCAUGGCGCCAGCAUUUCAGGGCGAUCCAGUACAGGGAAGCUGAGGGACCUCAGGAGGUUCGCCGCCGACUCCACCAUCUUUGCCAUCAGUGGCUGAAGCCAGAGCGACACACCAAGGCUCAGAUCCUGGACCUGGUGGUCCUGGAGCAGUUCCUGGCUGUCCUUCCCCCAGAGAUGGAGAACUGGGUGAGCGAAUGCGGAGCAGAGGCCAGUUCCCAGGCGGUGGCCCUGGCCGAAGGUUUCCUCCUGAGCCAGGACCUAUUUUCGGAAGAGGCCAUUUCUGAGGCAGAGAAGCCUCUCUCCAGGCAGAUCAAACAGGAGGAAGGUGGAGGUGCCACUUCACUGGGAGAUGGAUGUGGGAGGACGCGGGCAAUACAUGCCAGCUCAUCUCUUCCUUGUGGUGGAGUGGAAAUUGCUUCUGUGCGGCUGGAUCAGGUGACUUUUGAGGAUGUGGCUGUAUACUUCCCAGAGGAGGAGUGGAGAUUGCUGGAUCUAGACCAAAGGGCCCUGCACAAGGAAGUCAUGGAGGAGAAUUGGGGGGUCGUGGCUUCUCUGGAGCAACAAGACCCUGGUGACCCCCAAGCUUCAAGAGACCUUCAUGCGACCCAGGCUGGGAGCAGUGAGGAAUUCUGGGAACGAACUGUGCAGAAGAUCCUAGGUGAAGAUCAAGAUGAAGGAGAAUCGAACAUGGCACUGUUGGAAAGAUAUGGAUGCAAAGAGGAGGAAGAACAGAGUGCAAGACCUGAGCUAAAACAGGAGAGCAGGAACGAAUUCUCUGCUUCUCAGGAAGGCGACAUCUAUGAGAUCCCAGCUGAAGAGAACCUUAACAACAGAAAAGAAAGCAGUCAGUGCCCUGUGUGUGGCAAAAUGUUCAAAUGGAAAUCGAGCCUUUAUACGCACUCUAAGCUCCACACAGGGGAGAAGCCAUUCAAAUGUUCUGAGUGUGGAAAGAGCUUCAGUCAGAAGUCAACCCUCACUACUCAUCAAAGAAUCCACACCGGGGUGAAACCAUUUCAAUGUUCCAUAUGUGGAAAGAGCUACAGUAGAAAUUCAAGCCUUACUGCUCAUCAGAGAAUCCACACAGGGGAGAAACCGUAUGUGUGCCCGGAGUGCGGAGAAAGCUUCAGUGAGAAGAGAAAUCUCACUGUUCAUCAAGGAACUCACACAGGGGGGAAGCCAUUUCAGUGUUUGGAUUGUGGAAAGAGCUUCAGUCAGCUAUCAAGUGUAACCAGACAUCAAAGAAUACACACUGGUGAGAAACCAUAUAUAUGCUCGGAGUGUGGAAAAAGCUUCAAUCAGAAAAGAAAUUUGACUGCUCAUCAAGGAACUCAUACAGGGGAUAAACUAUUUAAAUGCUCGGAGUGUGGAAAGAGCUUUAAUAGGAGAGACCGGCUUAUUUUACAUAAUAAAAUCCACAGAGGGGAGAAACCAUUUAAAUGCUUGGAGUGCGGAAAGAGCUUCAAUCAAAGCUCAAGCUUUACUUCACACCAAAGAAUUCACACCGGGGAGAAACCUUUUAAAUGCUUGGAGUGCGGAAAAAGCUUCCGUUGGCCUAGCGUCUUGACUUUACACCAACGAAUUCACACAGGUAAGAAACCGUACAGCUGCUUGGAGUGCGGAAAAAGCUUCAGGCAGAAGAGCAAUCUCACAGCUCACAAAGGAAUCCAUACUGGGCAGAAACCAUUUAAAUGUUUGGAGUGCGGAAAGAGCUUCAGUCAAAAGAUGCACCUCACUUGCCAUCAGGGAACACACACAGGAGAGAAACCAUUUAAAUGCUUGAAAUGUGGAAAGUGCUUUCGUUGGGCUACCUCUCUUACUUUACAUCAGAGAACCCACACAAGGGAGAGACCGUACACAUGCUUGGAGUGUGGAAAGAGCUUCAGUCAAAAAACCCAUCUCACUUAUCAUCAAGGGACUCACACAGGGGAGAAGCUAUUUAAAUGCCUGGAAUGUGGAAAGAGCUUUUGCUGGGCUAUUUCUCUUACUUUACAUCAACAAAUGCACACAAGGAAGAAAGUAUAUACUUGCCUGAAGUGCGGAAAGAGCUUCAGGAAGAACUCCAACCUUAGAUCAUACCAAAUAACUCACACAGCAGAGAAACCAUUCAAAUGCUUGGAGUGUGGAAAAAGCUUCCGUUGGAACAACUCUCUUACAUUACAUCAACGCGUUCACACAGGAGAGAAGCCAUAUGAGUGCUUGGAGUGUGGAAGGAGCUUCAAUAGGAAAUCCACCUUUAUAUUACAUCAGAGAAUUCACACAGGGGAGAAGCCCUUUAAAUGCCUGGACUGUGGAAAGAGCUUUAUUCGGAGAGACUCCCUCAUUUCACAUCAACACAUCCAUACAGGACAGAAGCCCUUUAAAUGCUUGGAGUGCGGAAAGAGUUUCAAUCACAGCUCAAGCUUCACUUUACACCAAAGAAUUCACACAGGUGAGAGACCACAUAAAUGCUUGGCGUGUGGAAGGAGUUUUAACAGGAGAGGAACACUUAAAUUACAUCAAAGAAUCCACACAGGGGAGAAACAUUUUAAAUGCUUGGAGUGUGGAAAGAGCUAUAUUAGGAAAGACUCCCUUAUUUUACAUCAGAGAAUCCACUCAGGGGAAAAGCCCUUUAGAUGCCUGGAGUGUGGAAAUAGCUUUAUUAGAAAAGACUGCCUUAUUUCACAUCAGCAGGUCCACACGGGGGAGAAGGCUUUUAAAUGUACAGAGUGUGGAAAGAGCUUCAAUCACAGCUCAAGCUUCACCUUACACCAAAGAAGUCACACAGGAGAGAGACCACAUAAAUGCUUGGAAUGUGGAAAUAGCUUUAACAGGAAAGGGGUCCUUAAAUUACACCUGAGAAUCCACACAGGGGAGAAACCCUUUAAAUGCCUGGAGUGCAGGAAAAGCUAUAUUAGGAAAGGGUCCCUUAUUUUACAUCAAGGCAUUCACAUGGAGGAGAAACCAUUUAAAUGUCUGGAGUGUGGAAAGAGCUUUGCUAGGAAAGACUGCUUCAUUUCACAUCAAAACAUUCACACAGGUGAGAAACCAUAUAAAUGUCUGCUGUGUGGCAAGAGCUUCAAUCACAGCUCAAGUUUUACAUCACACCAACGAACUCACACAGGAGAGAGACCACACAAAUGCUUGGAGUGCGGAAAGAGCUUUAACAGGAAAGGGAUCCUUAAAUUACAUCAGAGAAUCCACACAGGGGAGAAACCUUUUAAAUGCUCAGAGUGUGGAAAGAGCUAUAUUAGGAAAAGCUCCCUUGUUUCACAUCAAAGCAUUCACACAGUGGAGAAGCCAUUUGAGUGUGGAAAGAGCUUUAGUCGGAGAGAUGCUUUUAUUUCACAUCAAAACAUUCACACAGGUGAGAAGCCCUUUAAAUGCCUGGAGUGCGGAAAGACUUUCAAUCACAGCUCCAGCUUUGCAUCACACCAAACUACUCACACAGGUGAGAGACCAUAUAAAUGUGUGGAGUGCAAAAAGAGCUUUAACAGGAAAGGGACCUUUAUUUUACAUCAAAGAAUCCACACAGGGGAGAAACCUUUUAAAUGCCUGGCAUGUGGAAAGAGCUAUAUUAGGAAAAGCUCCCUUAUCUCACAUCAGAGAAUCCACAUGGAGGAGAAACUUUGAAUGUUUGGAGCACCGAAAGAGCUUCAAUCACUGGUCGAGCUUUUAUCACACCCAAGAAUUCAAAUGGAAGAGAGGAUCUAAAUGUGUGGAAUACAUAAAGAGCUUCAGGAAGAGCAGGGACCUCAGUAGACAUCAAGUGAUAAAUCAGAUGUAUGCACAGACUGUAGCAUGAUUUGUCACCACAGAGACAGCCUUAGAAAUAAUCAGAGACUGCGCAUAGAGGAGCAACUAUAUACGUACAGGCUUGGAAUAUAGAAGUGUCAUCUAUGAGCAAGCAGAAUAAAAGGGUCAAAUCACAUUAAAGAGUCCACCCAACAAUAAAACCACAAAAAUGAAGUGUGGAAAGAAAAGUUGGGGCACAAAUCUUCACACAGGGAGGAAGUGUCUAAAGAAAGAAGACUACAGCUUUCCUGAGCAAUCACACUUUUAUAGCACACACAAACAUGAGAUUGACCGUCUAAAUGUUCAGAUACAGUGAGGGGGGAAAGUAUUUGAUCCCCUGCUAACUUUGCCCGUUUGCCCUCUGACGAAGAAAUGAC